GUCGUCGUCAAGUUCAAGCCGCAGCUCAAACUCUCCGGAACAUGCCACCCGUACCCGGCAGUUGACACGAACGGAGAUAUCAAUGCUGGCAUGAAACCUUCCUGGGGCAUCUUCGACAGGUGCGACGGAUCCGACUUGGGCUAUGGUAUGGGCCAUUCCAAUGUGUGGGAGUACGCCAUCAUCUGGAUCGACAACCCGGACCUGGAAAGCCCCACGAUCAAGAGUGUGACCCUGCAAUCGGAUGAAGAUACAACAGAGAAGCACGCCCCCGUGGACUCCAAAUACAUUGACGGCACCAGCUUCCGAGUCAACUUCGCUUACGGCGACAACGAAACAGGGAGGCUACCAGGAUCUGAUUACCUGGGAGCAACUCCCAGAAGAGGCGAGGACAGCUCUGAACAGCACUUUCGACUUUUCACCACUGUCCGAUAG